UGUUUUUAUUUAUUUUCAGGAUUGCUUAUUACCUUAGCGUAUGUCCGGCCGCUGUUAUGCUACGGGCCUGCACUACACCCGGACUAUGGCCACCACAUUACAUGCGCCUGCCCUCGUCUCUACGCCCCGGUCUGCGGCUCCGACGGCCGCACCUACUCGAACGAGUGCGAGCUGGACUGCGUCAGCGACAACAACGUGCAGAACUGUCUCCCACCCAUCUACGUGGACAGCUACGGAGAGUGCCCCGGGUACCCAUGCGACUGCAGCGGCACAACACCAAACCCACUCUGCGGGUCAGACAACCAAACAUACGGAAAUGCAUGCUACUUCAACUGUGACACAGCCAGGAGGUAUGCCCUCGGCCUCGGCUCCAUCAGCGUAGCGUACGAAGGAGCUUGCCGCAAUCCUGUCUGCCAGUGCUCGGAUAUAGUCAUCCCAGUGUGCGGAACUGACAACCAGACCUACAGGAACAUCUGCUUCCUCCAGUGCGCCAGCCAAGAAAACGAGGCAAACUGCUUAGCGUCUAUCGGAAUACAAUACCCAGGCGCUUGCGAAACCGACAGUUGUAUAUGCCCGCUAAACAUAGACCCUGUCUGCGGCAGUGACGAGCAAACUUACAACAACCUAUGCCAACUGUAUUGUGUGAACCGAAGGCGUUAUGCGUUGGGAUUGGACCCUAUUACAGUACAGUACAAUGGUACAUGCUUGGACUGCAUCUGCCCGGCUGUGUACGACCCUGUGUGCGCCAGCAACGGAGUGACAUUCGGUAACGACUGUCUCGUCGGGUGCGAGAACCAGCGGCGCGAGAGACAAGGUCUGGCGGCGCUGACCGUCGCCAGCCGCGGCGUGUGCCCCUGCAUCUGCACGUUUGAGUACAACCCCGUCUGCGGUUCGGACGGCAACACUUACCCCAACCCUUGUAGUCUUAACUGUGAUAAUAUAAGACGCGAUGAUUUGGGCCUGCCGCGCAUCGACAUCGCUCACUCAGGACCCUGCCAGUGUGACUGCGGCUUCGGCUGCGCCCUCAACUACGAUCCAGUUUGUGGUAGUGACGGACGCACCUACUCUAACGACUGCUUCCUAGACUGCCAAAGGGUGUGUGAUCACCAACUCUACAGAGCGUACUAUGGUGAAUGCUGAAACUGUAUCAUUUUCAAACUAUUAAAAUUGGGCUAUUUAAAA